AUGGCCGAGACCGAGGUCAUCUCAGAGAAGCGCGCGGGCGACGUGGAAGCUCCCGCGUCCGCCGCUUCUGAAGCUCCCGAGAAGGAACAGGCCCCCAAGACCAGCUUCUUCACCUUUUUCCAGCUCCUAGUCUACGCGAACCCGACAUGGCGCGAUUUCGCCCUGCUCGUGGUCGGCACAAUCUCCGCCAUCGCGUCGGGCGUUCCCUUUCCGCUCAUGGGUAUCAUCUUCGGUCAGCUCCUGGACGACAUGAACAGCGGCUCCUGCGACAAUUCCGACGCCGCCCUCAUCACCGACCCCGUAGCCGCCAAGCAGCUCCAAGACGACCUCCAGGGCGAAGUGAAUAAAAAGGUCCUCAUCCUGGUUUACCUCGGCAUCGCGUCCCUGGUCCUCAUCUACACCUACAUCGUCUGCUGGAACCUCUUCAGCCAGCGCCUCGCCCAGCGCCUGAGGGAAAAGUACUUCAUCACCCUCCUCGGCCAGGAUGCCGCCUUCUUCGACACCCGCAAGGCCGGCGAGGUCUCCACCCGCCUCAACAGCGAUAUCCAGGUCGUCCAGUCCGGCACCUCGGAAAAGGUCGGCAUGUACAUUGCCACCAUCUCCUUCUUCAUCACCGCCUACGUCGUCGGUUUCACCCGCGACGCCAAGCUCGCCGGCAUGCUCAUCUCCUUGGCGCCCGCUUUCCUCCUCAUGGCGCUCGUCGGCGGCCACUACGUCGAAAAGUUCACCGGUGCCAUUUCCUCCGCGGUGGGCCACGCCUCGUCCCGCCGCGCCCCGCCUCGAGAAGAAGUUUUCCGAGAGCAUGCUCGAGGCCCGCCAGGCUGGUAUCAAAAGGCCCAGACCAGCGCCGUCCAGGCCGGGUCUCUGUACUUUAUUGCCUUCUCCGCCAAUGCUCUUGCCUUUUGGCAGGGUAGUAUCAAGAUUGCCCAGGCCGUCGAAGGAGGCGGAGGCGAGGCUUCUAUCGGUCGAAUCUACACAGUUGUGUUCCUCAUCGUUGACGCCUGCGUGCUCCUUAGCCAGGUCGCUCCCUUCCUCUCCCUCUUCAGCGCCGCGUCGGCCUCCUUUGUCAAGUUGAGGGAGGACAUCAGCCACUUGCCCACCAUCAACGGAACAGGCGACCAGGGCCUAAAGCCCGCCUCUGUCAACGGCACCAUCGAGUUUAAGGAUGUCGAGUUCGCCUAUCCUUCGCGCCCCGACCAGAGGACCCUCAACGGCGUAUCCAUCAAGAUCCCCGCCGGCAAGCACACCGCCGUCGUCGGACCUUCCGGAGGCGGCAAGUCCACGAUCGUCUCCCUCAUCAUGCGCCUCUACGACCCCUACGUCCGCAGCCUCAUCGGCAUGGUCCAGCAGGAGCCCACCCUCCUCAACCGCUCCGUCAUGGAGAACAUCGCCCUCGGUCUUUUCAACUCCGCCAACCCGAGCCACGCCGACCUGCAAUCCGCCCUCCUCAGCGCGGAUCUGUCGAACCUCGCCGAAGACAUCAGGGCCGGCAAGGACUUGAUCGCCGCCGCCGCCAGCUACAGCGCCGGCGUGCAGACCAUCGCCAAGCUCGUGUCCGAAGCCGCGGACCUCGCUGAUGCCUCGCCCUUUAUCCAGAAGCUGCAGUUUGGCUUCGGCACCCUCGUCGGAACGAGCGGCUCUCAGCUCAGCGGCGGCCAGAGGCAGCGCGUCGCCCUGGCGCGCGCUCUGAUCCGGGACCCCAAGAUCCUCGUCCUCGACGAGGCUACGGCGUCCUUGGACUCCGCCACCGAGCAGCGUAUCCAGGCCAACCUCGAGCAGAUUACGCAGGGUCGCGCUCUUCUCUCCGUGGCCCACCGUCUCUCCACCAUCAAGAACGCCGACAACAUCAUCGUGUUCAAGGCCGGGCUGGUCGUCGAGCAGGGCACGCACGCCGAACUCGUCGCUUUGGGCGGGGAGUACGCCGAGCUGGUCAGGCUGCAGAGUCUUAAGAACGACGACGAUGAUGACAACGCCUCGACCGUGCGCGAGGAGAGCUCCAUCGAGCUGGCCAAGAUUGAACCCGUUGCUAGUGCCAGGAGCGAAAAGGCGGCCGUUGUGGCCGCGGGGACCACCGAGGUACCUGCCAGCUCCGGCACCGGGUCUGACGCGAGCAAGCCGGUCGAGGACGACGAUGCCCUCAAGAAGCCCAUGGGCGGCGGCGUCGUGGCCAAGAAGAUUCUGUACUUCAUCCGUCCCAAUCUCCACUUCAUCUUCAUCGGCUUCGUCGCCGCCUUCAUCGUCGGCUGCACGUACUCGGCAACCGGCGUCAUCUUUGGUCAAACCGUCGGCAAGGUCAAUUCGUGCACCAACCCCGAUAGGAUCCGGUCUCUCGGCAAGCUCAUGGGCGGCAUGUUCUUCAUGCUGGCGGUCGUAGAGUUCCUCGCCAACUUCACCAGUUGGUCCUCGUUUGGCUACCUCUCCGAGAAGCUGCUGUACCGACUCAGGGUCCUCUCCUUCCGCUCUCUCUUCAAGCAAGGGCUGGAUUUCCACCAGUCGCACAGCCGCGACCCCGCCAGCCUGCUGUCCAUCAUCACCAAGGACACCGCCGAGCUGGGCGGCUUCAGCGGGUCCGUCGCAGGAACCAUGAUCGCCGUCACCGUGAACCUCAUCGUCGCCAUCAUCCUCUCGCACGUCAUGGCGUGGAAGAUUGCUCUCGUCUGCCUCGUCCUCAUCCCUAUCCAGUUCGGCGCGGGCAUCAUGCAGAUGAUCGAGCUCGCCCGCCACCAGAGGCGCCACACCGAGGCCUUUGGCAAGGCCGUCGGCAUCACCGUCGAGGCCGUCAACUCCAUCAAGACCAUCUCUACCCUGUCCCUCGAGCAGGAAGUUUACCAGACCUACCGCCGCGUCCUCAAGCAGCCCCGCAAGGCCAUGGCCGGCGCCAGCGCCUACGUCAACCUGUACCUGGCCAUCGCGUACAGCGUCGGCAACUUCAUCUACUCCUUCGCGUACUGGUGGGGCGCCAAGCUCAUCAUCAAGGAGAGUACACCCCGACCCAGUUCUUCACCAUCCUCGUCGCCAUGCUCGUCGCACAAGAGCGAAAAGGACGCGGAAGCCUCGGUCGGCUCGGCCAAGGGCGCCGCGCUGCCCGUCAGGGCCGGCGGUCUCAAGGUGGCCUUCAAGGACGUCACCUUUGCCUACCCGGCCCGGCCCGAGCUCACCAUCCUCGACAGGGUGUCGUUUGAGCUGGAGCCCGGCAAGUUCUGCGGUCUCGUCGGCCCCUCGGGCGCGGGCAAGUCCACCAUCAUGGCCCUCGUCCAGGGUAUGUUCGACGUGCCCUCGGGCUCCGUGCAGCUCGACGGCGCCGAGGUGAGCCGCCUCGACGGGGAUUCCUUCCGCGACCAGAUCGCCCUCGUGCCCCAGGACCCGGCCCUCUUUGACGGCACCGUCCGCUUCAACGUCGGUCUCGGUGCCCGCGCGGGCGAGGAGGCCACGCAGGAGGAGAUUGAGGCCGCGUGCAAGAUUGCCAACAUGCACGAUGUCAUCAUGGCGCUCCCGCAGGGCUACGAUACCGAGUGCGGGCCCAACGGCUCUCGGCUGUCGGGCGGCCAGAGGCAGCGGCUCGCGAUCGCGCGCGCGCUGGUGAGGAAGCCGAGGCUGCUGCUGCUCGACGAGAGCACCAGCGCGCUCGAUGCGGAGAACGAGAGGGCGUUGCAGGAGGGUCUGGAGAGGGCGGCCAAGGGCAUUACUGUCCUUGCCAUCACGCAUAGGAUCCAUACCGUCAGGAGGGCGGACGUCAUCCUCGUCGUGGAGGAGGCCGUAUCGUGGACAAGGGAACGCACGACGACUUGA